CUUGGACACCAUGCAUGCUUACGCAUCUUAGACACGACACCAAGGGUUAAAGGUCUCCUGGGAGCUUUGGGUUAUUUUGACCUACCUUCCUUAUUUCCUAUGAUCACAACUGUCAUCUAGAUCUUUUCUUUCAUCAAGGGAGCCUGGUGCCUAGCUCCCAUUGCCACAACAGGAUGAAAAGCUGGGUUAAGACCCUCGGUUUAUCGGCCUUUCUGGCAGUUCAAGCUUUUGCGAAUGAGGUGGAAUUGACACAGGAUGUAUCGCGCCGGUUGCAGUGUUCGGGCAUGUAUAGCCGCGAGGCUUGGGGAGGAAGAGUGGACCCAUUCAUAUUGACCAAAUUCGCUCAAUCGAAUACUGAAAAUGGCGAUCCCCUCGUCAGUCUAGUGAUCUUUGAGUGGAAUGAUGAGAAUCUAAUUGGGAGGCGUAUAUCCGAUGAUCCCGAAGAAAUCGUGUCAAUCUGCGAUGAAGGCAGCGUGCACGCCGAUCUUUGCAAGCAGGACCAAAUCGGCUCUUUCAUUCUAGCGGCGAACGCGACCGAAGUCUCUCAAUUCCCGAUAAUAUCUACAGCCAUACACCUAAACAAUCCGGAUGCUGUGAAUUACCCUAUAAAGAAGACAGGGUUCUACUGCGUUAGCACAUAUGGAUACUCUGGUGAGGAUUAUAGAGCCGUUGUGGAGUUUCGAAAUGCAUAUGGCGAGCUUCCUGCUGCCCAGAUCGCAAAGCUCCCUUUCUAUGGCGGCUUAACAAUUGUAUACGCGGUCAUCGGACUGUUUUGGGCUUUCCUUUACGUUCAAAACCGUCAUGAUAUUUUGCCCGUCCAAAACUAUAUCACUGCCAUCCUGGUUUUCCUUAUCGUUGAACAGUUGAUGACCUGGGGAUUUUACGAUUUUCAAAAUCGACACGGAUUAAAUAUCGGGGCAAAAGCUCUAAUGGUUAUUGUCGCUGUACUCAACGCCGCUCGCACUUCCUUCUCAUUUUUCCUCCUGCUCAUUGUUUGUAUGGGGUAUGGUGUUGUCAAGCCUUCCCUCGGCCGAACUAUGGUAUAUGUUCGCAUUCUUGCCAUCGGGCACUUUGUGUUCGCCGUGGUAUACGCAGUCGCAAGCCUGUCCAUUACACCCGAAGCUGCGGGUAUCUUGAUUCUAUUCAUCGAACUUCCUCUUGCUGCCACUCUAACUGGAUUUUAUGUGUGGACCUUGAGCUCGCUGAACGCAACCACGAAAGACCUCGUGGACAGGCAGCAGAAGACUAAGGCGAUGAUGUACAAGAAGCUGUGGUGGUGUCUCCUAGGCAGCAUCAUUGUGCUCUUUGGCUUUAUCUUUAUCAAUGCGCUCGCCUUCGCCAGUCGCAGCGAAUCUAACUUCCUUCCCGAACACUGGAAAAGCAGAUGGUUUGUGUUAGACGGGUGGCUUAGCAUCGUGUAUCUCUUCGAUCUGUCAUUUAUUGCCUACUUGUGGCGCCCCACUGCAAACAACAGGCGCUUCGCCAUGAGCGACGAGCUUGCGCAAGAUGAUGACGGGUUUGAAAUUCGCUCCUUCGGUGGGGCUUUGGAUGAAGAGGACGCCCUUGGUGGCCCGGAUGAGCCUUCCAUUAUUGAGUCGCAUCGUGAUCUCUCACCAGUCCCCCCCAAACCAGUUCCAUCAGCGGCACAACCCCGGGAGUCUCUUGACGGUGAAACUAUAUUCGCUGUUGGCGAGGACGGCGAUAAGUGGACUGACGAUGAGGAUGAGUCCCCUCGUAAUUCAAGCGAGAGACAGAGGCUUACUGGCAAGGGCUAGGGCUAGGGUUAUCUCUGUUAUCUGUUGAUUCUCCCGGUAGAGGUUUUUAUCUAAUGAACCACUAUGAGGUCAAGUGCUUCGAAUCACUUUGUACUGAUAUUGAUGCCCAAGAGCAUUCUUUUCCACAAUUUGCCGGGGGUACAGUAGGAAUUGGGUUCUUCGGUCCGGAUCACUUUUGGCAUAUGACGGCGUUUGUCCUAGGGUAUAUAGUCCCUUUUUUUGCUCUUGUUCUUCUCUUUUAAUGUUUCCAGAUCUUAUUUUUGGUGAUGAUGGAUGAAAUAUA